AGGUGGUUGUGAUUGUGCUGCUGCUGGUGGACGGGGCUUGUCUUUUAGCUGGCUGCCUGUGUUGACACGCAUUUCUGCUCCAUCUCCAUGAUUAAACCGGCUGCCUGGAGGGGAGUCGCAGCGGAGUGUGAAGCAGCAGCAGCAGCAGCAGCAGCAAGAAGCAGUCAGGAGGAAUGAGAGCGGACCGAGUCGCGGCAUCUUCACCAUGCAGCCGACUAGCACCACCAGCCGUCCAUUUUAUACGAUUAUAUGAGCCCAUGAGAGCCAGUUUGUCUGUAUCUUGCAGACAGGCAGCGUGCAGACCCGGCGAUGACAACAUAGGCCAACGCCUCGCUGCAGCUACAUACAGGGAAUGAAAACGCUCCCAAGAUGGUCCGCAUCGCCAAGGCCCUGGGUUUGGUUAUUCUGUGCGUCGCUGUGCUCAUACUGUCGCUCAUCAGCUAUGUGUCCCUGAGAAAAGACAGCCUCUUCACCUCCUCUAAAUAUUACAUGGGAGGUCCGAGGAUUAUGUUCCACGCAGGAUUUCGGUCUCAGUUUGCCAUGAAUUUCCUGGACCCCUCCUUCAUCCCCUUAACUAACGCCCUGAAUGAGGAGCUCCAGGGAAAACCGUCCAAAUGGAGGUUCAACAAGACGGCUUUUUAUCAGCAGAGGAAAGAUAUCUUCAGCUACAUCGACAUUCCCACCAACUUCUCCCUCACAAAGAACAGUGUGCGUGUUGGCCAGCUGAUGCACUUUGACUACUCCAGCCACAAGUACGUCUUCUCCAUCAGCAACAACUUGAAAUCACUGCUCCCAGACACCUCUCCCAUCCACAACAAGCAUUACAGCAUGUGUGCCGUGGUGGGCAACAGCGGCAUCCUGACGGGAAGCCAUUGUGGCCCAGAGAUCGACCAGGCCGACUUUGUCUUCCGCUGCAACUUCGCCCCAACGGAGUUCUACUCCAAGGACGUGGGCAAGAAGACCAACCUGACCACCUUUAACCCCAGCAUCCUGGAGAGGUACUACAAUAACCUGCUGACCAUUCAAGACAGGAAUAAUUUCUUCCUCAACCUGAAGAAACUGGAGGGAGCCAUCCUGUGGAUCCCUGCCUUCUUCCUUCAUACCUCAGCGACAGUAACCAGGACCCUGGUGGACUUCUUUGUGGAGCACAAGAAACAACUGAAGAUCGAACUGGCCUGGCCGGGAAACAUCAUGCACGAUGUCAACAAAUACUGGAAGACUAAAAACCUCUCCCCCAAACGUCUCAGCACUGGGAUCCUAAUGUACACGCUGGCCUCCGCCAUGUGCGACGAGAUCCAUCUCUACGGCUUCUGGCCCUUCGGCUGGGACCCCAACUCGGGCAAGGAUCUGCCUUACCACUACUACGACAAGAAAGGGACCAAAUUCACCACCAAGUGGCAGGAGACCCACCAGCUGCCCAGCGAGUUCAAGUUGCUCUACAAGCUGCAUAGAGAAGGCGUGAUUAAACUCAGCCUGACCCACUGCUCUUAGACAUACGAUGGAGGGUUUUUAAGAGGUAACUUCAGAGACCCAGAUACAUCUGCUCAGCUCAAACGUCUGCUGUGACCCACAAUGCAUGAGAAGUGCUAAGGCAAUUUACGACAAAACACACACUCACAUCCUGCUGUAAUUUUACAUGAAAAUGUCACAGACUUAUCACAGCGUUGUUACUCAUUUAUCCGGUAUAUUGUUGUCUUCAGCACUACACAGUUAGGACGUUUUACGCUGCUCGGUUGCUUCCAUUACUGUCCUGUGCAUGGCUGCCGGCCGUGGCUAAACAGCUCAAACUAUUUUAACUGGAGUUUGCAGGGGGAUUCAAAACAAAUAGUCGAAUCGUCCAGUUGUGUUUAACACAGCAUUGAUUGAAUAAUCGCCUUUUAACAACAGUAUACUGAUUCUGUAGACAGAAAUCACUGCCUAAUCUCAGGGAAGGAGUUAGAUCAGUGUUUAUGUAAUCAAAUUUGAUGCCUCAAGAGAGGAGCAGUUCCUGUUUCAGGCCUUUUUGCCCCCCCCAUGAGGUGUCAGACAAUCGGCACUGCUCUGGAAAAUGGUAUUUGUUUACAAGACUGUACCUGUAGACAGUGUAACUGUCCACUUCAAAUUUUGUUGAUUCUUAAAAUUUUUUGAAUAAUAUUUGACAUUACAACAAUAAGCCAUAAAUUCAUGGACAAUGGAUAGUGUGUUGUCAUUAAAAUGCUGAAUUAUAGAAAGUGGUAUUGACCUACAUUAGGUUCGGAGACUAUAAGACAUUUAAAAAUAUCUUCCAACAAGACUACAAGUCUAUAGCCACACUAGUGGCUACAUUCAACUCACACAAACUUUGAUUUUCCGAAACGAAAAAAAUACCCAAAUGUUGUUCACCAACACCAAGGUAUUUCCUGAAUCCUCAAAGCCUCUUCUAACCAUCUGGUUUAAAAAAUAUUUAGUCCGUUUCCCAGGUUGCUAUUGCAAAAAUCUCCUUGAUCUUUUACAACAUGAGAAAAAUUCAAACACGUUAUUUCUUUGUGAAAUUUUUAAAUAAUAGAAAGUACAAAUUGAGCAAGGACAUUUCUUGAGAGUCUUUGAGGAUUCUGGAAAUACCUUCAGAACAGUGUUAGGUUUUGUUGAACAAUCUUCUGAUUAUUGUUUUUUUUCAGAAAAUCACAUGCUUAGUUCUGUAAGUCAAAUGUAAUAUCAAAACAUGAGUCACAAACUGGGGCUUAGGUUGCACCGGCUAUUCGUAAAUCCAUUACUGAGUUUGUGCAUCAUAAUUAACUACGAGCUAGUUUUAAAAUCAGGUUUGCAACUUUGCGGUGAUGAAAAGAUGUCAGGAAGUCACUGCUCCGGCUACCCAUAAACUCGCUUUUUACACGCUUCUUUUGUACGAAUUAAACAAACGAGAUAUAAAGUUUGAAUUCGGAGCUUUUGGGGUUCCGUAUUUUGUUAUCUUCAGACAGAGCCAGAUUAGCUGUUUCCUCAGUUUCCAGUUCAUAUGCCAAGCUAAGCUAAGCUAACCGGCUGCUGGCUCCAGUUUCAUACUCAACAUACAGACAUGAGAGCGGUGUCGAUCUUCUUAACUAACUUUCGCAAGUAAGCAAAGUAGUGUAUUUCCCAAACUGUCAACGUAUUCCUUUAAAUCAAAUAUCUUAGCUAGUAAAGUAAUUAAUGUAGGCUGUAACAUAGGCUAACUUCCAAAGGUUAAGGUUUUAGUGCGGGAAACAACUGCCAGUCCUUUUAAAUAUGUUUUAUAUGUUAAAUUAAGCGAGUAGUAUUCAUGAAGCUAGUAGUAUUCAUGCAGUUUAGCACAAUUGGCAGAUAUCUGUUUAUGCUAACUUAUUAUGAUUCAGUCAUUAAACGUUAUUGGCAUAUCAUUUUGUAAUUUGAGGUAUUUUUGUGAAGUGCAAUUUAAAAUAUCCCAAGUUUACAUUUUUGCACAGUUCAGAUUUGUCAAAUUCAAUAUAAUCUUUUUUACUCUUAAAUCUAAACAGGUCAUAUAUAACCAACCAACUAGUUGGUGUAAUGAAAAAUAAUUAUUUAUUUAUUUAAUAAACAAACUAAGUUUGAAUUUACGAAGAGCUGCAACCAGCUCCAGAAAACAAAAGGAAGAGACAAUUUUACAAUUCUAACCAAGAACCAGAGGGUACCAGACCAUCUUGUGACCUAAAUUGCGGCACUAGCGUGGCGAAAAACAUCAGGAAAUACAAUAUUUUGUUUGAUCCUGAGGUUUACCACUAUUUAAAUUAUAAAAAAAGUACUAAGCAAGAGAAUACAGUAUGUAUUAUAGAGCUUUUGUUGACAAUGGGAGGGUUAGUUAUUUAUUCAUCAUGUAACCAUAUUAAUUCCAAUAUUUGUGACAUAAAACAGAGAAUGAAUGAAUGUUAUAUGACUUACUGCAUCUAGUAUGAAGAGCAUGAUCCAUUUAAAUGACAUUGCAUGUGAGGCACUAACAAAUCUGUUAGGCUAGUUUUAUACAACCUUUUUGAAGAUUGUUGUGGGGUAAAAAUGUAGUUCUUUGCAUUUGUGUGUAUUCCUAAUGGUGUAUUCCUUAAGACUAUCACCAGUGUCUUUGUAUGAGACGUUUCAAGGCUAACAAGAAGAACCCUAAAAUAUUCCACAUGGGACCAAACCUCUACAGAUCAAGUUAAAAAUGAACAAGCUUUAUUUUUUGUAAUUGUAGAUAACCAUGGGUUCUCAAAAACAAUCCACCCCGUCAUGCCAGACUGCAGUCUAGUGGAUAUGGGGAAUUGAAUGCUGGCCACAUGACUCGUCUCAUGACUCUGUAAUGUGCUCCUUGUUGCAAACUCUGGCUGAGGUUUAUAAAACAGAGCAAUGCAGCCAUUCACACUUACCAGAUAGUAGCGUGUGCUUUUGUGCUCCUUCAGAUUUAGCGUGGUAGGCCUUUGCCCGGCAUCCCGUCCCACACAAAGCGUUUCUUUUUGUCAGUGUCCUUUACACAAGAUGAAUAUUUCAGAUGGUUAACUUUUGUGUCUCGUCUCCAAAUCACAGUGCAGUCACCACCAUGAAAUCACAUAUCUGAUGAAAAAGUUUGAAUUUUAGGCAAUUUAAUUGAUGUCAUAGAUGUGUACAUUUAAGGAUAAUUUCUGUGGUCCCUUAGGAAUGUUGUGUAGUUACACCAAAGACCAUGCGCAAAGGAGAAAUGUUAGCUUGAUACAGACGGAGUUAGGAUUUUGAAAGCUGUAUGACAACUAACGACGACUAUUAUUGUAUGAGAAAUGGAGUAUCCCUUUUUUGAUGUUGAAUAUCACAUUUUGUGGCACAAAAAUCCUUUUAAAACGUUUUGCUUUUUUUUUUUGGCUUCAGCCAAAGUAAAUUUAUUUGUGACUCCAUGAAUGUCCUCCUAUAGAUCGAUUAGUUUGAUAAAUCCACUGACAUGAAUGCAGGACAAGGAUAAGUUCCUCUUUUAAUGAAAUCAAAAUCAAUGUGUAGAAUGUGUGUAAACAAUAAUGAUGCUAACAAAGUCUGUGAGGAUUGUAUUUUCAGUCAGAAUAACAGUAUAGCUUUUUGUGCAUUACAUAACCUAAACCUAAACAUACAAUGUCUUUAUUCCAAAUGCAGCACUAUACAGGAUUUGUUCCAACAACCCUUUAACAUUCUUGUACUUGUGUUCGAUCUGCAUGGCAACUUGCAUUAAAAACUUUGGCUGCUUAUGUACAUGUCGUAAAAAAGUCAUAAAUCAUGUAAGUGACUUUGCUAUCUUGGUUGUUCUAACAAAAAUUAUCAUCUACAUAAGAAAUAUAACCAUGUCUUAAAUGUUUUUUGAUUAUACUCCAUGAUAAAUAUAUGUUAUGUGCCUGCAUAUUCCUUCCAUCAAUGCCUCAAUGUGUAAAAUAAAAACAGUAUUUUUCUCUGAUAUAACCCA